GCUCCGGGUCAGGGGUCAGCCGCGCAACAUGGCGGCGGCGGUGACCUUCUGUCGGUUGCUGGGCAGUAGUCGCUCGGCCGCGCUGAGCCUGCCCCAGGGCGCCAGGUGUUUCGGGGUGCGGACUUCGCCGACUGGGGAGAAGAUCACGCACACCGGCCAGGUUUAUGAUGCUAAAGAUUAUAGGCAAAUCCGGUUUGCAGGCCGUCAAAAGGAGGUAAAUGAGAACUUUGCCAUCGACUUGAUCGCUGAGCAGCCCGUGAGUGAGGUAGAGAGCCGCGUGAUAUCAUGUGAUGGCGGUGGAGGAGCGCUGGGCCACCCGAGAGUGUACAUAAACUUGGACAAGGAAACAAAAACCGGGACAUGUGGUUACUGUGGGCUCCAGUUCAAACAGCAUCAUCACUAGGUGGGUGCUGCACUCCUGGUUCCCACGAGGCUGUGCGUGAGGAUGCGAUGUCAGAGAUAAAACACGGAGAUCCGAGUGCUGUAGUCAGAACUUUAUUUGAAUAAAGAUGUUACUGUAAAGGAA